ACAAAGUAACUGUACUCAUCUCUUUAAGAUAACCAUACGACGAGAUGAAAAAUAUAAUUCCCAGUAUCCUGGAGUAGGAUAUUUUUUUUUUCAUCGAUAUAAAAUGUCUGUGAGCGUAUAGAGAAAUUUUUUGUAAAAAUCAUGGAUAAUACGAGCACCCACAGCGACUCCUCAUGAUAUUUUUCUACCUUAAGGCCCUCGUCUUGGGCCUUAUUUUAUUAUUGGGUAACGUGGGAGGAAAUCAUCGUACCAAGAGGGUCAUUACCUUCCCACGUGGCAGCACGAUGUUCUAUCGCGUUACCUACAAAUUGAACAUGGUACCCUAUUCGACUCUCUUCGCCCAGGCUUCCGGUUUUAAGGUCGCAUGGAAACUACCAGUCGAUUCGAGUAUUCGAAUUUCCCGCUCAGCACGUGACCUGCACGACAUGGCCGAGUUCAUGUACGAAAGGCAUGGAUUCGACGGUAGGAUAUGCGUGCUGAAGAAUAUCUGCCAGGCAAUGGAACGUAUUAGGGGGCAUGACGGUGUGAUAGUGAAGAUACUCAAAUUGAUAAUAGGGUCCGACGGAAAUUCUACGUCGACUGUGGAUUCGCUCGAGUGCGACAAUUACAUCGAUUACUGUCCCUUGGAAUUGAACAGUGUUCAGGGACUGGGCGAAUUUUGAAUAUACCAGAACGAAAAAUUAUGGCUGUAUACGUCACGAUCAUAGAAAAUUUAAGUAAAUUUUUAUAAGAAUAAUGGAUAAUAUACCAGUAUGUGUAACGGAAUGAUAUAGAGAGUGAAAAAAAUGAAAAAAAGAAAAAAAAAAUUUACAUAUUCC